UGUCUCUUUCCCUUUUGGUUGAUUUUUUCCCGGCAUUUGUUUUAUUCUAUUUUCACUGUACUGUCAAAAGUAACCACUUAGCGUUCGCGGGCGAAAUGCAGGCGGAGAAUGAGGCCGACAUCAUCGUAGAGGCGUUAGAGGUGCUGGUCAACCACAUUCUGUAUGCUCGUGGUAUUUACCCCGCGCACAUAUUUAAAAUGAAGCGAAUGUACAAUACGCCGGUCUUUGUCUCCAUCUUCCCGCCGCUCAAUAACUACCUGACCGGCGUUUUCAGAUCCGCUCAGGAACUGCUCCGCCGCCGGGAGCUGCAGGGCCUAGAGCUGAUAUUGUUCCAGAAGGAAAAUGAGCAGUUGGAGAGCUACAAACUGUCCCUUGAAUGUCGGGAGGAUGUCCAAUUGGCGGACGAUCAUUUAAUGGAAUUCGAGCAGAAGCUCCGCGCAGCCAUCUACCAAACAUCCGAACGGCUAAAUCAGGUCCGAAAACUUCCUGCAGGAAGCUGCCAGUUUAAAGUCCACCUGCACACGACGCAGGAGGCAUUCAUUCGCCUCAGCCAUGAGUCCCAGUACCAGGAGUUUCCAUGGCUUCAAGCCCCAAGUCCAAAAGCGCAAAUGCCGUCACAAACCCUUUCCCUGUUACCCUUGGCUUCGGUGGAGAGUGUGGGGUUGAAAAUGGAGGCACUUAUCCUCAACUAAUG